ACUGCAAAGAGCACUAUUCUCAGGGGCUGCUCUUUCUUCGCUAAAUAUUUGGAAUUCUGAAAGUGUACUCCCUUUUCGAUAUAUGUGGGUUAAUAUUUUUCAUUAUAAUUUUUGAAGCGACGACCUCGCUCUUAUUGAAAGAAAAAUGUCCAAAAGAAAAAAUCAAGAAGAAAGUGACAAGCUUACUCGAAUUGCCAUAGUUAAUGCUGAUAAGUGUAAACCCAAGAGAUGUAGGCAAGAAUGUAAAAAAUCUUGUCCAGUUGUUCGAAUGGGAAAAUUAUGUAUUGAAGUAUUACCCAACAGUAAAAUAGCUUCAAUUUCUGAAGAAUUAUGCAUUGGUUGUGGUAUUUGCGUCAAAAAAUGUCCAUUUGAAGCUAUUACUAUCAUUAAUCUGCCUAGUAAUUUGGAACGAGAUACUACUCAUCGUUAUGGUAAAAAUUCUUUCAAAUUGCACAGACUGCCAAUUCCUCGGCCAGGUGAAGUCUUGGGACUGGUAGGUACCAAUGGGAUUGGUAAAUCCACUGCCCUUAAGAUAUUAGCUGGAAAGCAAAAACCUAAUCUAGGAAAGUAUAUGGAACCUCCAGAUUGGACUGAAAUUUUAAGUCAUUUCAGAGGUAGUGAGUUGCAGAAUUAUUUUACAAAAAUUCUGGAAGAUGAUCUGAAAGCUCUGAUUAAACCUCAAUAUGUAGAUCAAAUUCCUAAAGCAGUAAAGGGUACUGUUGGCCAAUUAUUAACAAGGAAGAGUGAAAUGGAUAAUCAAGAAGAAAUAUGUAAAAUGCUGGAUUUGAGUCAUAUUCAAGAGAGAGAAAUAGCAGCUUUGUCAGGAGGAGAAUUACAGCGAUUUGCAUGUGCUAUGGUGUGCAUUCAAAAUGGUGACAUUUUCAUGUUUGACGAGCCUUCUUCUUAUUUGGAUGUGAAACAACGUUUAAAUGCUGCUCUUACCAUUAGAUCCUUGAUUCACCCUGAUAAAUUCAUCAUCGUGGUGGAGCAUGACUUAAGUGUCCUGGACUACUUAUCAGAUUUCAUUUGCUGUCUGUAUGGAGUACCUGGAGCUUAUGGAGUGGUUACUAUGCCUUUCUCUGUUCGAGAAGGUAUCAAUAUUUUUCUCGAUGGUUUUGUACCAACUGAAAACUUGCGAUUCAGAGAUGAGUCCCUUGUGUUCAAAGUAGCAGAAUCUGCUACUGAAGAAGAGGUCAAGCGUAUGAAUCAUUAUGAAUAUCCUGGCAUGAAGAAAACAAUGGGGAAUUUCAAAUUAGAAGUGGUGAAAGGUCAAUUUUCGGAUUCUGAAAUCUUGGUUCUACUUGGAGAAAAUGGUACUGGCAAAACGACAUUCAUCAGAAUGCUGGCUGGUAAUCUCGAACCAGAUACUGGCUCAGCUGAUUUGCCACAGCUACAUAUAAGCUACAAACCACAGAAAAUAAGUCCAAAAUCUCAAGGAUUGGUGCGGCAACUACUUCAUGAGAAAAUCAGAGAUGCAUAUGUACAUCCACAGUUUAUUACCGACGUCAUGAAACCACUGAAAAUAGAAGACAUCAUUGACCAGGAAGUUCAAAAUUUAUCAGGAGGAGAAUUGCAAAGGGUUGCAAUGACUUUGUGUUUGGGUAAACCAGCCGAUGUUUAUUUGAUUGAUGAACCUAGCGCCUACUUAGACUCUGAGCAACGUUUAGUAGCCGCCAAAGUUAUUAAAAGAUUCAUUCUUCAUGCUAAAAAAACAGGAUUCGUGGUAGAGCACGAUUUCAUCAUGGCUACUUAUUUAGCAGACAGAGUAAUAGUUUUCGAGGGACAGCCAUCUGUUAAUACUACUGCUCACUCUCCUCAAACUCUUCUUGCUGGAAUGAAUCGUUUCUUGGAGUUGUUGGGUAUUACAUUCCGGAGAGAUCCUAACAAUUUCCGUCCCAGGAUUAAUAAGUUGGAGUCUGUUAAAGAUUGUGAACAGAAACGUCUGGGGCAGUAUUUCUUUUUGGAGGACUAAUUUUUAAUUGUAUUUCUAUGCAUUUAUAUGUGACAAGAAUACAUUGAUAAACAUGAA